AUGAAACGUGGAGAUUUGAGACCUGUCACUGUGAACAAUGUGGCAACAAAUCCGACGGGUCUAGGAUCGAGCCCUUCGCACGGCAAGGACAGAUCAGUCCAUGGAAGUAGUGCCAGCAAGGCCACCUUUCAGAUCUUAGCUGAGAACUGUGGCUUCAAGGUCAUCAAGGAAGCAGGCAAGGACCAUUUCGACCAUCAUCCAGAAGAGAAGCACAGCGAGACAAGCACUAAUCCAGUCACAGACCACGUAUCGGGUCGCUGGCAGAAAGACAGCAACCCGGUUUCCAAGGAAGUGAUUGUUGUAUCUAGGGUAAACAAUGCCAUGGACACAGAAAUCAGGGAGCAGAAAUCGACAGAGACUUACCUAGUGACUAGAAACAGUGAAGAUAUGGCGCCAAAAGUGGAUUUUCUGGAUAUGACCGAUGUCAGUGACAACUCUCUGCCAAAUGUCAGCUCAAAGAAAUGUAAUAUGUCGAUAAAGAUGAACCCUGGUGGUGACAAGGUCAAACAAGAAUCCCAGGGGGAUUCGGUCAAUGGGCAUAGACGCUGGCCUCGCUACAAGAUUAUGAAAUCUCAGCAUUCCCAUGCCAAAGCAAGAAGUAAGGAUGAAAGAUGCAAAGCUUCAGACGGUUUGAAGUCAAACAGUCAAAGCGUGGAACAGACAAAAUCCCCCCGUGGCGUAGGCAAAAGUCGAGAGAUGCAGCCCCAUGUAUUUAAGCUGCCUUCUCGAAGAGGAAAGCCCAGGAUAUUGCUGUGUGAAAAUAGCUCUGCUCUGAGCAAGGAUGUAAAAUCUGUUGGACAGAAAGAUGAACCGGAGAUCAACAGAACAGAACAGAACAAACGGCAGGUUUCUAGCAGUACAAACGGUUUGCUAGUCAAGGGAAGUAAUCAUGAAAAUGAUGCUGAAAACGUUGAGCCUCACCAGAGUACGAACCAGGCAUUCUCCAACGUAAACAGCUCAUGUUUAAACCAGGCUGGCGGCCAAGAUAUCAGAGUCUUGCCGCCCAAACAGAAUGUAACAGGCGGUAUGCUAUCAUAUCUACGCAAAAUAGCUUCAGCAGCAAACAAUGACAGUAGAGGAAGUCUAAGAAACCCAUUUUCCAAGCAGGUUCCAGCAUCAAGUUGUCGCUUUUUUAACAGACAGUCAAAUAAUAACACAUCCAAAUCCAAGACCUCAGAUAAGAACAGUCAGAUGCUGCCUCCAACAGCAAGGUUGAAAAAGAAAGGGAGAUCUUGCUCUCAGCAACAUAAUUUAUCAUUAAGAACGGUAAGCAUGAAUCCAGGAAUGUCCCAGUUUGAUACACGAACGUCCGAUCGAGACAGAGAAAGUACCAGCACACGAUUCCCACAGCUGUACAGAAGCAGCUGUGAGGUUCCUGGGACUUCGUCCGAGGAGAAGGGAAUUGAGCCCACAACUUUUCGACUGGACAGGAGCCGGCCACGAGACUACAACAUCAACUUCAAUUCUGAAGAUGGACAUGAGGAGGGAGUCUCAUUUAAUUCUUUCAUCGGGUACUACCUGUGUGAACUGUGGAAGAACCAAUGCUUGUGUGAUGUACGAAUCAAAGUUGGGAACACGUCAUUUCUGGCUCACAAAAUUGUCCUGGCUGCCUUCACUGACAUUUUUUGUCCCGACGACCCACACCAGAUCCCCACGGUCAGUUUCGACAUUCCUGACGUCACAGAGGAAGCCGUCAGUCUGAUUCUCCAGUACUUGUACACGUCAAAAAUGGAGGUGACGGACAGUGUGCUAGAGUCCGUGUACACCGCAGCGUCCAUCUUGGAGAUUGGGGAGAUAACUGACCUGGUGGUGGAGCUGUUGUCCAAACCCACAGUGCAGAAUUUUGAGAAAUAUCUGACGAUCAGACAACGUAUAGGAAUGCCUUCCAACAUCAUGGAAGUCUACAAGGACUUCGUGCUGGAGAACCUGCUGGAGAUCGAAGACUCGCCAUACAUCCUUGGCAUGCAGUUACCUGACAUGGAGAAACUUCUCAGAGACCCCAACGUGAAGAUCAACUGUGAGGCAGAUAUCUUCCGGGUGAUCAUCAAAUGGCUGAAAUAUAACCCGUGCCAUAGAACCAGACACGCCUCAGAACUGCUGACUUUGGUCGACUUUGAUUGUAUUGGACCGGAAACUCUCUCUAGUAUUGUGGAGCAGAAUCGCCAUCUAUUUGAUCUUCCCAGUAUGGAUAUCAUCAUGGGGGCUUUCAAGAAAUUCGCUUUGAGGUGUAAAGAUGUGACAACCAAGGAUAUGCCUUGCUACGUUGAACCAAAUAAG